GAUGCGUAUCUACUGACGGGCCUGAACAUCGAGGAGAUUUACCCAGAAACCUCUAGUUUUAUCACGUACGAUGGGUCCAUGACCAUCCCGCCGUGCUUUGAGACGGCCACGUGGAUCCUGAUGAACAAGCCAGUGUACAUCACACGGAUGCAGGUCCGUCUCUAAAGUAGCUCCUUACUGCUUAGAUACACUCUUAGAAAAAAGGGUUCCAAAAGUGUUAUUUGCGGAGGCAUAGGAUUCUACCAAUAUCUGUUUUCAUCUGAAUAACCCUUUUUAGAAGACAAGGGUUCUUUAUAAGGCAAAGGGUUCUACCUAGAACCUAUUUCAUCCUAAGAACCAUUUUUCAAAUAAAGGGUUCUUUGAUAAUUCUUUGUAAGGAAAAAAUGAUUAUUUGGAAGGCAAGAAGGGUUCUACAUAAAACCCUUCUGAAUCUGAAUAAGCUGUUAUUGUAUUUUUCUUUCUCUGCCUUGGCAUUAGUGUUUACCUCAGUGUUUAAACUUUUACAUCAGGAGUUUGAGUAAUCUGAUACAUUUAAAAAGAUAGAUGUGAGAAUGUUUUAAACUGUACCUAUGGGAAUAUUUCUACAAAAUCUGGUAUUCCAAUUUUACAUAUACAGUACUGACAGUUGAUAUCUUUGCCAUCAUUUCUUUCUUUCAAAUAAGUAUUUUCUGUGAUUUUAUUGAGCAGAGAGUACGAGAAUAGAAGGGAGUCUGAGUGAACCAGCAGUGUAUUGUAUUGUGCACAGCAAAUUAGCCCCUUGGCCAGUGUUGCCUAGUGUUGAUUUGUCAGUCUAACAUUUCUAGUAUUUAUUCAGGAGUUGAAUUAACUCUGUAAGGUGGUGUAAAAUAACCCCAGUGUUGGUGUUAAUAACCAGAGUUGAGUGUAAUUGUGUCAUUUUUACUCUGUAGAGUAAAACACUCAAAACCACGCCCAUCAUUAUCAUUUUCUCCCAGCAUGCUUUAUUGCAGGUUGGUUUUCAGAAUUGUUUGUUUCAAUAUGUGUUUUUGCAUGUACAUUGAUUGGUUGAUUAAUCUUAUGCUACACAAAGAUAAAUAACAUACAUUUUUCUAAACUAAUCCAAUCUGUUAGUAGUUGGACUUAUUGCACCCGUUACUGAGAUGGUUGUUCCAGUUUAGAUGAUUUAGGUAGUCUCUGUUAGCAAUCUUCUCUACCCUAGCAGUCAUUCUGAAUGCAGGUUGCGGGUAAUUAAACCUUUAAAUUGUUGGAUAUCCUCACUCCGGUUGGAUUCCAAUAGGAAUUACACAACACUUUGCAAGCCAGCAUAAUGUGACUUGCAGGCCUGAUGUGGCCUGUAAACCAGGAGUUUCCAACCACUGUGUUAGGGUAUAACAGGCCUUGAAAGAAAGACCUUAUGAUAUAUGUAAUGUAUUGUCAUAAAAAAUAUGCAAAUGCGGUUCAAGUUUUAAUGUCACAUACACAAACAAGUACUGUGAAAUGCCAAUUUCUUACAAGCUCAACAAUGCAGAAAUCAAUAUCAACGUAGUACUACAAAUAACAUAAGGUAGAACAAAAACACAAAUAAAAUAACAAAUAAGAAGAACACGACAAAGUAAGAAGUUAUAUACAGGGUCAGUUUCAAUACCAUAUUUACAAUGUGGAGGGAUACUGGAGUGAUAGAGGUAGAUAUGUAUAGGGGUAAGGUUACUAGGCAUCAGGAUGUAUGAUAAACAGAGGAGCAACAGCGUAAAUGUAGAUUCUAUAUGAGUGUGUGUGUAGAGUCAGUAUAAAUGUGUGUGCAUGUUAUGUGUGUGUUGGAGUGUCAGUGUUCAUGAGUGUGUAGAGUGCUGUGAGUGUGCAUAGAGACUUUUAAAUAAAUACAAGGGUCAACUCAGAUAGUCCUUGUAGCCAUUUUGUUAACUAUUUAGCAGUCUUAUGGCUUGGGGAUAGAAGCAUGUUCAGCAGCCUGUUGGUGUCAUUCUUGUUACACCGGUACCGCUUGACAUGUGAAAGCAGAGAGAAUAGUCUAUGGCUUGGGUGGCUGGAGUCUUUAACGAUUUUCCGGGCCUUCCUUUCACACCACCUGAUAUAGAGGUCCUGGAUGGCAGGGAGCUCAGCCCCAGUGAUGAGGGUACACGUGGUGGAGGAGAUGUCUACUCUCACUACCUGGGUUCGGCCAGUCAUGAAGUCCAGGAUCCAGUUGCAGAGGGAGGUGUUCAGUCCCAUGAUCCUAAGCUUGGUGACGAGCUUGGAGGAGACAAUGGUGCUGAACGCUGAGCUGCAGUCAAUGAACAGCCUUCUCACAUAGGUAUUCCUCUGAUCUAGGUGGGUGAGGGCAGUGUGGAGUGCAAUUGAGAUUGCGUCGUCUAUGGAUCUGUUUGGGCGGUAUGCAAAUUGGAGUGGGUCUGGGAUGAUGGAGUUGAUGUGUGCCAUAACCAGCCUGAUUACAGAUAUGAGCGCUACAGGGCGGUAGUCAUUGUGGCAUGUAGCCUUAGAGUUCUUGGGAACAGGAAUGAUGGUAGUCAUCUUAAAACAUGUGGGAAUUACAGACUGGGACAAGGACAGGCUGAUCUCCGCAUGCUCUGAGAACGCGCCCCGGAAUACCGUCCAGCCCCGCCUUGCGAGUGUUGAUCUGAUUAAAGACCUUACUCACGUCAGCCUCUGGGAGCGAGAUCACCCAGUACUCUGCUUUCGGUGGGAGCCCUCACGCAUGGUAUGGUGGUGGUGGUGUUGUUGUCGAAGCGUGCAUAAAAUGCGCUGAGUUCGUCUGUUAGAGAGGCAUCAUUGGGCUGGGUCUUCCUUUGUAAUCCAUAAUGGACUGUCGCCCCUGCCACAUGUGACGGGCAUCGGAGCCUGUGUAAUAUGAUUCCACUUUUGCUCGUUUGAUGACUCAGCAGAGGUCGUAGCGGGACUUCUUGUACUUGUUCCUGUCCUCAGCCGUUGUCUGCGAUGGUCCUGUGUGUGGUAGCCCUGCGCUUUAGGUUAACGCCAACCUCGCCAUUAAUCCAGGGCUUUUGAUUGGAGAAGAAGCGAACCUUCACUGUGGGGUCAACAUCGCCAAUUUCCUUAUGAAGCCGGGAUAGAGGUGGUUAGCUCGUCGAUGUUAACGGCGGAGUCUCGGAGCAUAUUCCAAUCAGCAUGAGCAAAGCAGUCCUGUAGUAUAAUCUCUGAUUCUGAUGACCAUUUCUCAAGGGAACGAGUCAUGGGUACUCCCUGUUUGAGCUACUGCUUGUAAACAGGAAGCAGAAGUACGGAGUCAUGACCUGAUUUUCUGAUUGGCGGACAAGGGAGGACCUUGUAUGCUUGCUUGUGGGUAGAGUAACAGUGGUCUAGGACUCUAUUGCCAAUAGUGGCGAAGGAGACGUGUUGAUGGAAGUUGGGCAUCACGUGUCUUAAUGACACAGAAUUAAAAUCGCUGGCGACAAGGAAGGCAGCCUCCGGAUGUAAGUUUUCCUGCUUGUUAUAGCCUCUUACAGUUCGUUAAGUGCCAGCUUGUUAUAUUUCUUAUCCUGAGGUGGAAUGUAUAGUCAGGAAUAAGACUAGUAGAACCGUUCAUGGAGGGUUCUAGGAUGGAACCUUUCAAAGAUAAAAGGGCUCCUGGUAGAAUCCUUCAUGGAGAGUUCUAAGAACCCUUCAUAGAGGAUUCUAGGUAGAACCCUCUGCAAAGGGUUCUACCUAACACUAAAAAGGGUUCCGCUAUAUGGUUCUACUUAGCAACUUUUUUUCUAAGAGUGUACAUAAGCCUCUCGUACAGCAAUUCUGUUCCUCCACAUAGAUUUUUCUCCCAUUCAUACUGAAAUAAUGUGCCUUUUCUUCACUUCUGUUCUCCUCUCAUCUCAUCUUUUUAUUUCUCCUCUGCUCUGCUCUACUCUGCUUUGCUCUCCGCUCCUCUUGUUCCUUCCAUUACUUUACAUACUCUUCCUUUCCGCCUCUUUUUGUUAAUGAAUCCCCCUUCACUCUCUUCUCCAGAUGCACUCCUUACGGCUGUUGAGUCAGAACCAGCCGUCUCAGAUCUUCCUGAGUAUGAGCGACAACGUUCGCCCGGUUCAACCGCUGAACAACCGCUGCAUCCGGACUAACAUCAACUUCAGCAUGCAGGGCAAAGACUGUCCCAACAACAGGGCCCAGAAGCUCCAGUACCGAGGUGAACACAGCUCCAAUCCACCCACCACCGCCAUUUGUUAGCACCAAGUGUUUAGGUCUGACUAGCAGAUAUAUACAAAAUGGCGGUGAAGGAGUCAUGGACAUUUACCUUGGUCGUUUUGUUUAUGUCUGCUUGUGGCCCUCAUAAAGGUAUUAAAUACCAAAAGCAUAGUCUUAAGCCUUAACUUUUAUAGAUUUUAAAGAGUGAAUGUAUAUUACUUAUAGUGAUAUUAUAGCAAUAUUUCCAACACAAGUGUUGGAAUGGCUGAGUGUGUGAGCCCUACUUCAUAACUACAAAGCCAGCUCAGCAUCUGUGUUAUUCAGGGACUCUGCAUGCAGUCUGUUUACCAUCUCCUCUCCUCUGUUUCAGCCAAUAUAUCUGGGCAACUGCUGCACAAAAUGUGA